AUGGGGGAUAUCGAAGCCACAACCAUCACCGAGAAGGACAACCAUGUUGACGGCUACAUGAACGAUGCAAGUGAGGACCCUAAGCGCGCGGAGAUCGAGCGCAGGAAUGUCGGCACCCUGCACCGCCGUCUCAAGUCGAGACACAUCCAGUUUCUCGCCCUGUCCGGCGCCAUCGGGACAGGUCUCUUCGUGGGCAGCGGCCAGGUGCUCUCCCUCGCCGGCCCUCUCUCUGCCUUUCUGGCAUAUCUCAUCACCGGCGCGAACCUCUAUGCCGUCAUCAACAGCCUGGGAGAGAUGGCGACCUGGCUGCCGCUCCCGGGAGCUGUGCCGGUCUACGCAGCUCGCUAUGUAGACCCUGCCCUGGGCUUCACCCUGGGCUGGAACUACUGGUAUCAGCUCGCGAUCGGGGUGCCCAUCGAGAUCAGUGCCAGCGUCCUCGUCAUAGACUACUGGCCCAAUCCGGUCCCCAGGUGGGCGUGGAUCACCAUCUUCCUCGUUGCCCUCGUCCUCCUGAACUGCAUGCCGGUCAAGUUCUACGGGGAGACCGAGUUCGUCUUUGGCGCCAUCAAGCUGAGCACCAUCCUGGGACUGAUCGUUCUCAUGUUUGUCAUCAUGCUGGGAGGCUCGCCUACCCAUGACCGCAUCGGGUUUCGAUACUGGAAGAGCCCCGGUCCGAUGGCUGAGUAUCUCAAGACCGGCGCCCUCGGACGGUUCCUCGCCUUCUGGAAGGUCUUCAUCCAGGCCACGUUCAGCUACGGAGGCAGCGAGAUGGUUGUCAUUGCUGCUGGAGAAACAGAGAAUCCACGCAGGAAUAUACCCAAGGCCAUCCGCCGAGUCUUCUGGCGCAUCCUGCUCUUCUACGUUCUGGCCAUCUUCCUCGUGGGGAUGUGCGUAUCGUCAAAGGAUAAGAGACUGCUCAACGCGCUGGAGACCGGUGCGCCAGGCGUUGCCGCGAGUCCCUUUGUCAUCGCCAUUGCAAACGGUGGCAUACCGGUGCUGCCACAUAUAAUCAAUGCCGUCGUGCUCUCGUCUGCGUUCUCGGCUGGAAACACCUUCUUCUACGCUGCCACUCGGGUUCUCUACGCCACAGCUCUAGACGGCAAGGCCCCACGCUUCCUUCGCUACGAGAGGUUCGGUGUACCCUAUGCCUGCGUCGGGAUCACCACCGCGCUCAGUUUGCUGGUAUACCUGAACCUCACCGCCAGCGCGAGUGAGGUGUUCUUCUGGAUCAGCAACCUCAGCUCCGUGAGUACGCUCAUAGUCUGGGCCUCGAUAUCAGUCACCUACAUCCGCUUUUACCAGGGCAUGGCCAGCCAGGGCAUCCCUCGCGCAGCACUGCCAUACCGAGCACCGUUCCAGCCAUACCUGGCCUGGUUUGCAGUUUUCUUUUGCAUGACCGUUGCACUCUUCAAUGGCUUUGACGCUUUUUUUCCAGGCAAAUUUAGUGCCAAAACAUUCAUACCUCCGUACAUCGAUAUCCCCAUUUUUGCAGGUUUGUUUCUUGGUUAUAAGCUCAUCUAUCGUACUAAAUUUGUUCCAUUGCAUGAGAUGGAUUUCUUCUCGGGCAAGGAAGACGCUGAUCGCCUUGAGAGCACAUGGGUAGAACCGGUUGCUAGGAAUUUCCUCCAGCGGGUGUGGUUUUGGAUUGCUUGA